AUGGAACAAUUCGAACAAUAUGAGAAAGGAGGGCUACUAAAAAACCGAUACUCCAAAGUAAGCGACAUCAGUGAAGGCUCGUAUGGCUUGGUCUCGGUGGCUAAAGAUACCAAGAGAGACAAUCUACUUGUUGCUGUCAAGUAUAUAUACCCGAUUGAUUAUAAGAAAAACCAAAAAAAAGAUCAUACAAAGACAGGCAAAUCAAUUACGGGCGCUACUACCGAAAGACCAAAUUCAAGUCCUGCUCGUCUUAAAUCACCAGCGCAAAUAGCUCAAUUUUCCAAACAAAAAGAAAGCCCAAUUGAUGAGCUUGUAGAAGAUCCUAGCGCUGUCUUUGAUAGCUUAAAGGAUGAAGCACAAAAAGAGAUCAAAAUCCAUGAGAUAUUAGGUGACCACCCAAACAUUUCUAAGCUAUAUGACCAUUUUGAUUCGUGCUUAGUUUUGGAGUUUUGUUCAAGGGGUGACUUGUAUGAAGCUAUACAUAAAGGAAAUGGUCCCGCAACAACACUGGACAUCAAGGAUGUUUUCCACCAGAUUGUUAACGCAGUUGACUUUUGUCAUUCCAAAGGAGUGUACCAUCGUGAUUUGAAGCCAGAAAAUAUUCUCAUUGCUGAGGACUGGAGUGUUAAGCUUUGUGAUUGGGGUUUGGCAACAACAACCAAAGUGAUCACUGAUAGGAAAGAGUUUAAUGUCGGUUCCGAAAGAUAUAUGGCUCCAGAGCUCUUUGAUCCUGAGAUUGAAUCUUAUGAUGCUUCCAAAGUUGAUAUUUGGUCGUUGGGUGUGAUACUCUUGACGUUGGUUUUCCACAAAAAUCCUUUCCAAAUUGCCAAUUACUCAGACAAGAGAUUUCUACAAUUUGUUAACAAUAGAGAAGCUCUUUUUGAUUUUUUCUCGACGAUGAGCGGUGACUUAUUUUCAGUUUUGAGAUUCAGUUUAACAAUGGAUCCAGGAAAUAGGGACUUGAACAGCUUGGAUGAAGAGUUAUCGAAUCUUCGAUUCUUUACAAUUGAUGAAGAAUACGAAGCUAGUGACUAUGAAUAUGAGUACGACGAGGAGGAGGAGGAAGAAGAAGAAGAAGAAGAAGAAGAAGAGGAGGAGCAGCAGCAGCAAGAAGUAGAAUUAGACGCAGCAGCAGAAGAAGAAGAGGAUGAAGAAGUUGAUAUUACAAGAGAAGAGAUUGGGGAAGAAUAUGGCGCGGAUGAGUUGAUGGUGAUGGAUUCUUUUGAUGAACCAAAAGCACAUGUUAAGUCACAGCCACAGCAACUUAGGUUUUUGGACGAAAGAAAUGCAACGGAUGAGCAAAAUUCUCCGUUGAGCUUAAAAGCAGAAACAAGAGCAGGAAGAGAAAUUGAUGCAGAUACAGAUGCCGAUGCAGAUGGCGAAGGCGGAGGAAAUGCAAUUCCUCACAAUCACCGCGCUGAUGCUUUGUUAUCACUAAGCACCAGGUCCAAGCCGAUCCCAAUUCGAAACCAGCAUUUCAAGUUCAUUAGAAACACGAGAAAACCAUUGAAUGUUGCUUCGUAUAAUCAAAACCAGAAUCUGAAUGUCAAUGGGAGAUAUUCAAAUAGUUAUGGUUCUACAAAGCCUAGUUUUCAUCGGGAGGAUUAUUUCACACCCAAGUCAGUGUUUAAUCAUUAUAUGGACAAGUAUGGAGAUAAUAACCGCGGCCGUUUAGGACGUGGUAACAACGCCGAGUUUCCAAAAAGACCUCCACCAUUGAGGAGAAAGAGAACUUGGAAACAGAAUUUUCGCAACAAAAAAAGUACAAAGACGGGAAACGGAGCGCAACAAACCGGUACCGAGUUUCAUGGAACAGCUUUUGACUAUCGCGGUAAUAAUGACGGACACUAUCAUGUUUCGAGUGAUUCGCACAACCAUUAUACUGCCAAUAGAAGGAAAUCUAGACUGUAUUCUACUUCAAAAUUGAGAAGGGGGUUGGUCAGUAAUGGAUUCUCCAAUACUGGGUCUCUGUUUAAUGGAGGCUACUCGGGUCUACACCACGCGGCAGCAUCAUCUUUAAUGGCAACAUCGGGUACAAAUGGUUCUGUUAUUGGAACUAGUGUUAAUUCAAACUUGUCCAACUCUGGUAAGUAUAUUCCGCCAUACCUUCGCUCACCAAACAAUGUAGUGACCUCAAGGUCUCCAAUUUCUGCAUCAUUGUCGCUGGGCCUUGAGCACUUGACGCUAGAAAACAACAUUAGCAACAAUAUUAAUAUUAAUAAUAUUGCUAGUAGUAAUAGCAGGGAUCAUCGCGCUACUGGUUCUAUUAGCAAUGCUAUCAGUAAGAAUAUUAACAAUACUGGCUAUGAUGAGGUUUUCCAUUUGGAAGACGAUUUCGACGAAACUUUUGACCAGGAUGUUGUUAGUGGCGAGACUUUGAUUUCUUCGAGUGGUGAGCUUGACGCACUGUCUAAAUUUACAGAGAGUCGUGGCGAUUUGUUCCUGACCUCGAAUAUGGAAGCGAAUAAGUCUAGUAGCUCAUCGCCUAAUCAUACUUCUGGAAAAGAUACGGAUCAUUCUGAUUCAGGUUUUGGUGGUGGCCCUGGAGGUGGUAAGUACAUUCCACCAUUUAGACGUGCUUCGGUGUCGCAAGCCAGUUCCAAACCAGCUAACGGUAACGGCGUUUCUAGUAAUGCCUCUAACUCUAACACUUUUUACAGUACGACCAAUGCUACUGUUAAUUCACCACUGCAUUAUGUCGGUGCGCCUAAAGCGUUCAAUCCGGUCUUGUCAAAGGAGAGAAAUAAAAACGUUGGACUGGUUUCCAUUACUUCAGCAAACGCUAUUGGUUCAGCCUCGGUGAGUCCUCGAAACUCCAUCCCUGCUACGGCAUCUGGGACAGCAACAGUUUCCGGUUCCUCUUUGGCAUGUUCGUCAGCAAGCAAUGGGUUGAAGAAGUUGAUGACUGGUUUUAGUCAAGGUCCUGCAACAGCUACUAAGGACGUUCCGUUUAUCGGCAAGGAUAUAAUUAGCAAUGGAGUCGGAAUGGACUCCAAUGGAUGGUUUCCAAUUGAGAGGAAGAAUUGGAGUGACUACGACGAUUGA